UCUCAAUCUAAGUAGCAACCUCAAGUUAGAGUCAAGCCCCUCCUUUCUUCUCGAUUUCCAUCACUGAACCCACCAUCUCAUCUUACUAUCAUACACCUCCUCAUAAGCAGAUCCAGUAUUCACCCAACCAAAGCCAACCAUGAAGCUCCUACCCACCCUCGUUGCCAGUGCCCUAGUCCCUUACCACCUCUGUUCAGGCUGCCAACUGCAAUGCUGGCCUGAACUACUGUGCCUCUGUGCUGAAAAGCAUCGAUUUCAAGUACGUUUCAAAUGAUGAAUGCCGCCAUUGGGCAGAAAUAUGGAGAGUUCAAUGCAGAUCUUGUCCACCCGAUGCUCUACCUGUGGCAUUGCAAUGCCGAUGGAUCUGUCAGUAUUGUCAAGCGCUGUGAUUGGGACUGCGUGGAUGGAGGUGCUGGAAAUAGUGAUUACUGCCAAUGGCAGCAGUAGAUUUGUUAUAAAGUGAUGUGGUGUAUAUUUGUGGCAGGGGUUUUGAUUUGGUCGUUUGGGUUUGAGGUUGGGAUUAGCAUGUAUUGCUUGUGUUAUUU